AUGGACGUGGACGCGGACGUGGACGCGGACGCGGACGUGGACGCGGACAUGGAAAUGGAUGUGGACGUGGACAUGGACAUGGACGUGGACGUGGACGUGGACGUGGACGUGGACGUGGACACGGACGUAGACGUGGACGUGGACGCGAACGUGGACGUGGACGUGGACAUAGACAUGGACGCGGACAUGGACAUGGACGCGGACAUGGACGUGGACAUGGACGUGGACGCGGAUGUGGACAUGGACGUGGACGCGGACGUGGAUAUGGACGUGGACGCGGACGUGGACAUGGACGUGGACGCGGACGUGGACAUGGACGUGGACGCGGACGUGGACAUGGACGUGGACGUGGACGUGGACAUGGACGUGGACGUGGACGUGGACAUGGACAUGGAUAUGGACAUGGACAUGGACGUGGACGUGGACGUGGACAUGGACGUGGACGUGGACAUGGACAUGGACAUGGACAUGGACGUGGACGUGGACGUGGACGUGGACGUGGACGUGGACAUGGACGUGGACGUGGACGUGGACGUGGACGUGGACAUGGACGUGGAGGACUUGGACGUGGACAUGGACGUGGUCGUGGACAUGGACGUGGACAUGGACAUGGACAUGGAUAUGGACGAGGACGUGGACGUGGACGUGGACGUGGACAUGGACGCGGACGUGGACGCGGACGUGGACGUGGACGUGGACGUGGACAUGGACGUGGACGUGGACGUGGACGACUUGGACGUGGACGUGGACAUGGAGGUGGACGUGGAGGUGGACGUGGACGUGGACGUGGACGUGGACGUGGACAUGGAGGUGGACGUGGAGGUGGAGGUGGAGGUGGACGUGGACGUGGAGGUGGAGGUGGACGUGGACGUGGACGUGGACCUGGACGUGGAAAGCGGGAGAAUGGGGCGGGGUGAUGGAAGGAGGGAGAAUGGGGCGGGGUGA